GAAUAGAAAUGCUGAAACUUGGGCAAUUAUCGCGAGGGAAAGCCGUAGAAGCUUUAGCUCAGGGCUGAGGCAGUUGUCUUCCAGCGUCCAAAUUACUAUUUAAAACUCAUUCUCUUUCUUUCAUUUUGUUGGCCCAUUAUAAAUAUAUAUCAAACCAGUUCUAUGGCUUCUAUUUCAGUGCUCGGAAUUCCAUCGGUAACUGCUGGAAGAGCUUCAACCGCCGCCGCCACCACCCCCACUACCAGAUGGAGCAGACCAAUCGCUUCUCAACCUUCCGGUUUCCCCAAUUCCACUUUAUGCGUUCAAAGCAGCUCCAUGAGUUACAGAAGAGACAUUGGGAGAAGAGAAGCAGUUAUCUUAUCCGUUGGGUUAGUGAGUGGAGCUCUGUGGAAUGCUACCAUUGAUGGAGGAGCUUUGGCAUCUGAAUUCGCUGACAUGCCAGCAAUACGGGGAAAGGAUUAUGGGAAGUCAAAGAUGCGGUAUCCAGACUACACUGAAACAGAUUCAGGUCUUCAGUAUAAGGACUUGCGAGUGGGAGAUGGUCCCAAGCCUAAGAUGGGAGAGACAGUUGUGGUUGAUUGGGAUGGUUACACCAUAGGAUACUAUGGCCGUAUAUUUGAAGCUCGAAACAAGACAAAGGGUGGUUCCUUUGAGGGAAAUGAGAAGGACUUUUUCAAAUUCAAACUAGGAUCUGGCGAGGUAAUACCAGCUUUUGAGGAAGCUGUUUCAGGCAUGGCUUUGGGUGGAGUUAGAAGGAUAAUUGUGCCCCCAGAACUGGGAUAUCCUGAGAGUGACUUCAAUCGGAGUGGCCCAAGACCAACAACCUUUUCUGUAAUACACGGUGUUUUUGCUGAUCCUUGUGUUGCACUUAUGUGCCUUUCCUCUAACAGCACAAUUGUGGGUUUGGCAGGGCCAGAGAGCCUUGGAUUUUGUGCUGAGGAACCAGGGACUGAUAGACAAAACUCUGCUUUUUGAUAUUGAACUCCUCAAAAUUAUGCCAAGCUGAGGAAUCAAGGUGCUGAAAGAGAAUAGCCCUUUGCACGAGCCAUAUUAAAAACUCUACCAUUCAAGGGACUUGGAGAAUUUAGUUCAUGAAGCUGCAAAGGUUUUGUUGUUUAUUCAAAUAUCCCAUCUGUCUCUAUCAUCAUAUUUCAAAUCAAUAAAUUUUCAAGAAUUCAAUUCAGUUGAGUUCUUUUUUGCCAA